UUCCCUGGAGUUGGAGUUCUCAGUUUAACACCCUCAGCAUCUGAUUUUAAAAAACACAAAUAAUUUAUAUCGAUUGAACGGCUUUUCCUAUUGAUCAUGGCGGCUUACAAGUUGGUGCUGAUUCGCCACGGAGAGAGCAACUGGAACCAGGAGAAUCGGUUCUGCGGCUGGUUCGAUGCAGAUUUGAGCCAAACCGGAGAGAAGGAGGCGAAGAGAGGAGGACAAGCGCUGAAAGAUGCUGGCUUUAAGUUUGACAUUUGCUACACCUCCGUGCUGAAGCGGGCCAUCAGGACGCUGUGGCUGGUCAUGGACAGCAUCGACCAGAUGUGGGUGCCGGUGCAUCGGACCUGGCGGCUAAACGAGCGUCACUACGGUGGCCUGACGGGACUGAACAAGGCCGAGACCGCCGCCAAGCAUGGCGAAGCUCAGGUGAAGAUCUGGAGGCGCUCAUUCGAUAUCCCUCCCCCUCCCAUGGGCCCAGACCAUGACUACUACACUAUCAUCAGCAAGGAUCGUCGCUAUGCAGACCUCACAAAGGACCAGCUGCCUUCCUGCGAGAGCCUUAAGGACACCAUCGCACGAGCGCUGCCCUUCUGGAACGAGGAGAUCGCCCCUCAGAUCAAACGUGGAAAGAGGGUUCUCAUCGCUGCCCAUGGAAACAGUCUGAGGGGGAUUGUCAAGCACCUGGAGGGAAUGUCAGAUGAAGCCAUCAUGGAACUGAACCUGCCAACCGGCAUCCCCAUCCUCUACGAGCUCGACAAGAACCUGAAGCCCGUGAAGCCGAUGCAGUUCCUGGGAGACGAGGAGACCGUCCGCAAAGCCAUGGCUGCCGUCGCAGCUCAGGGAAAGGCCAAGAAGUAAAGCGACAGAAAAGUCCACUCUACGUACGAUGCUAAAGGUUGUCCCAAACAACCGGCCCCAGAUUGGUGUUUUUCCUGAAUCCUAAUUUCUUUUAGGUUUUAAUAAAUGACUGAAUAAAGGCAACCUCACUCUACAUGCACAGUGCAGGGGAGCAGUAGGUGGUGAUGGACUGGGAUAUAUUAGAGCCACGGGGGCCACAGCUCUCAAGAGAUUGUAAAUAAUAUUUGCUAAAAUGGUACAUUAAAGCGGUAAAUAUUAGACUGAAAGAGACAGUAUUACUAACAAAGAGAGUGUCUUGACUAUGUGAGCAAUAUCUCUUUUGCAAUUGACAGAUUUAUAAUACAGUUUAAAUUUGUUAUUUUUUUUAUUUUUGCUUCUGAAAGAGGAGCACGUCUGCCUGUGAUGUUCUAAACUGAACUGCUGACUGUCAGAGUAAAUAACAGAGACAAGACUGACAUCCUGGCUGUGUUCUCUCUGCCACAGUUAGCGACACACAUGCAAAAUACAGAAUGUGUUUUGAAGCUACACACACAUCAAAGGCUUGCAAUUUACACAACGAGAGGUUUCUGUUGUCCUGUGCUCACUGUAUACUGUCUGUCUGUGUGAGAUACUAUUUUUCGAAUGCACUGAUGGAGAUAAGGAAAUGAUACCUGCCUCAAACACCAUUAUUGUUAUCAUUUUGCAUAACUUGGUGUGGUGGAAUAUUGCAAUCUGUUAUAAAUUAAUUUAAAAUGUUCUCACUCUCUGGCCAUUAUUAGAUUGACUUUUGAAGGCAUUCCUUUGAUAUAUUCCAUGAACACAGGGAUGUGAUUUUGCAAUCUCUUGAGAGCAGAAUGCAACAGUUAGGACGACUAAACAGUCCUUUUCUCCUACAUUGUCUGUCUGUGAAUGGACUAUGUGCAGCGUCCUUGCAUGUCGUCACUAUGUCCGACAAUUUGUAUGUUUCUCUUUACAUUCUGAAUGGUGCCAAACACUCUUUUUGCACUAUAUACGUGAACAAUCCGUUAUUUGGGUUAUGGUCCAGCAGCUUCACAAUGUCACUGUGAAGCAUCUUUAACAACACAUGAAAGGUCUAAUUUUAACCAGUGUCUCCGUUUCUGGGUUUGACUAUUUUUGAGGUCAUAGUAUUCUUGUGCCUCCUUCUGCUGUUCCUACAGUUAAUGCCUACAACUGGCGUCCCAGACUACCAAAGCAGCAGUGGGGUUUUAGGCAUCUGUGAAUGGAAUAUCCUAUAAUGUCUUAAGGUAUUAACGUGUUUUCUAGUCAAAUGUAAUUCCCUCUGUGUUGGAUAAAAAUGUACCUCAAAAGCCUGCAUCUGAUAAAUGUACAAUUAUGUGCAAAUCUA